AUGCAUGGAGACCUUUUCAUCGAUAAUAAUGGACCCCUACCUCAAAUGAUCAAGCAAGAUCCGACAGUGAUGUCCUGGGGACUGUGGAUCAGCACUCUAACAACAACCUCGGCUGCACUUGUCACCGCUGGCCUGGCUGCUUUACUCGCCGUUUUAAACACAGCCACUUCUCCUAGAUCUAAGAUCCUUUCUGAUCCUGGAGUAUAUUUUAUAAAUAUCUUAACACUACUAAUGUGCAUGGCGAGUACGAGCACUUGGUUGGCGCAGUAUUACACGAAGCUAUACUUCAACGUGCUUCCAAAGGAGGACAUUGAUAAUAUGUGGACCAGCGAAGGUUCUGCCGAACUUGGUUAUUCAUUUUGGCUGGUUGUUUGUGCUGGUGUGGUGCAUUUAAUCAGCAUAGCAUUGGUAGGCUGGGGCUCAGGACGAGACAAAAUCGAACGCCUGGAGACAAUUCCCGCACUGGAGGAAAAGACCGCCGCGGCAAUAAUGCUGUAUUGA